ACCUUUUACCACCCUCGCGCGGCGGCAUGUGAUAGAAUCGGUACAUUAGGUGCAGCUAGACGUCCGAGCGCGCGUGGUCAAGCGUGUUCGUUUCUUUCUGCCCGUCUCUUCCGUGCUCCUCGCCUUCAUCCUCUGCACACUGUGAACGCCAUCUACCCUCUUCCGUGGCCGCACCGCAGACCUUGACUAAGGGUGACUGAGAGAGUCCGAUCCCCUCGAAAUCACGCCCAUCUCCCAUCUCCCUCCCUCAUCCUCCAUAUUCAUCCGCCCGCCAUGACCUGUCGAGCGAUAGAAGAGGCGACCCGCAUCCACGAGCCCCCUCCACCCGGCGCACCCUUCUCCAUCACCGUCCCCGGCAGCGCGAUUAAGGGAAGAAGCCCCAUCUACCGGCAUUGGCGCAAUGAGAAUGGCAUCCUUCACGCCCUCGACCCCGAAGUGAGGACUCUGCACGACCUCUUCGAGCAGACCGCAAACCGCACUCCCAAGAGCAAGCUCCUCGGCCACCGGCCCUACGACUCCCACACCAAGACCUUUGGCCCUUAUGUCUGGCAGACCUACGGACAGGUCCAGCAGCGGAGGAGAAACUUUGGCGUGGGUCUGCGCUUGUUGCACGAGCAGCUCGGCAUCCACGACUCCCAGAUCGGCGUGGGCUUGUGGUGCCAGAAUCGGCCGGAGUGGCAGAUUGUGGAUCUCGGGUGUGUGUCCCAGAGCCUCUACACCGUCUCCCUCUACGACACCCUCGGCCCAGACACGACCGAGUACAUCAUCAACCAUGCCGCCCUCCCCACCGUCUGCACUUCCAUCAGCCAUAUUCCCACCCUCUUGAAGCUGGCCCCGAGAUGCCCCGCAUUGAAGGCCAUUGUAUGCCUCGACCCCUUGUCAAAUGGCACCGAGUUGCCAGGCACCUCUAAGAAGGACCUGCUCACUGCUCUCGCCGCCGAUCUCGGCCUCCAGAUUCAUUACAUCGAGGACCUCGAGGCGCUCGGCGCGGCCAACCCCCUCCCUUACCGCGCUCCUCGCCCCGAGCACAUUGCCACAAUCAACUACACGUCCGGAACGACUGGAAACCCCAAGGGCGUGGUGCUGACCCACAGUAAUGCCAUUGCCGCCACCUCUUCCUCGAUGUGUGUUGGCCAACAGGGAACAGACGACGUCUCCUGUUCCUACCUGCCCCUCGCCCACAUCUACGAGCGAGUCAAUGAGCACGGGUCGAUGUGGUCUGGCGCAGCCAUUGGCUAUUUCCACGGCGACAUCCUUGCCCUCGUCGAUGAUCUCAAGCUCCUCCGGCCGACAUCAUUCAUCAGCGUACCACGCCUGUACAACCGCUUUGGCGGCGGCAUCCGCGCGCAGACGGUGGACAAGUCAGGAGUCAUGGGCGCGCUCUCCCGCUACAUCGUGGACACCAAGACGGCCAACAUGAACAACCCCAACCCCGGCAAAGCAACCAACAAGCACGCCAUCUACGACCGAAUCUGGUCGAAGAAGGUCGCGGCCUCGAUCGGCCUCGACCGCGCCAAAACAAUGAUCACCGGCUCCGCCCCCAUCGACCCGUCCCUCCAGCAAUUCCUCCGCGUGGCCUUUGGCAACAACUUCUACCAAGGCUACGGUCUGAGCGAGACGUACGCCCUGGGCCUGAUCCAAGCGGAGUCCGACCUGAGCGCCGGCACGUGCGGCAUGGUCGUGCCGUGCGCCGAAAUCUGCCUCAUGGACGUGCCCGACAUGGAGUACCUGUCGACCGACAAACCGCACCCGCGCGGCGAGGUGCUCAUCCGCGGCCCGAACGUGUUCAAGCAGUACUACAAAAACGAGGCGGAGACGAAGAAGGCCUUUACGAACGACGGCUGGUUCCGCACGGGCGACAUCGGCUCCGUCGACGAGCUCGGGCGCUUCCGCAUCAUCGACCGCGUGAAGAAUGUCCUGAAGCUCGCGCAGGGCGAGUACAUCUCGCCCGAGCGAAUCGAGAACGUGUACCUGGCGCAACUGCCGUUUCUGGCGGUGGCGUACGUGCACGGCGACAGCACGCAGUCGAGUCUUGUGGCCAUUUUCGGCAUCAACCCCGAGCUCUUCGCCGCAUUCGCUAGCAAGGAGUUGGGGCAGCAGAUCAAACCGACGGAUCUUCAGGCUCUGGAAGCGGCGGGGAAGAACCCGAAGAUCCGCAAGGCGGUGCUGCGCGAGUUGAGGGCGGUGGGCAAGAAGGCGAAAUUCAACAACUACGAGCAUGUGAAGGCGGUGAGGUUGUUUUUGGAGCCCUUCUCCAUUGCGAAUGAGCUUUUUACCCCUACGUUGAAACUCAAGCGGCCGCAAACGGCAAAGUUCUAUCGCCAGACCAUCGACGAGAUGUACGCGGAAGUUGAGGGGGAGGCGAAACCAAGGGCGAAGCUGUGAGCAUUGCGCUCGAUGGAAGCAUAUGUAUUGGAGGAGAGGAAGAAACCAGUGCACUCAAGCGGCGGCAGCGAAUUCUAGCAAUCUAGACCCAUCGAAUGUACAAUCCCACAAUGAACUGUCUAAAACCAUCAUCCACAGCCUCUACCAACCGUCAUGCACAUUGAAACCCAGCAAGCAAACGCCGUUUCAGG